AUGUCGGCCUUUGUGCGCGUCUCCGGACCGCCCAACAGUAACUUCCUCGUCGGCUACCCGGGCAUAUCGGCUACUCUGCCCCGCAUAGAAGGCAAGGUCGAGAUUCGACCACUGGCAGGCAUCUCGGCCCCGGUCAAUAUCUCGCUCGUCACUAUUGCCCUGCAUCGCCGCGAGACCAUCCACCCCUCCGCCGAAAGUGUCACCAAGAAGCACUUGGGCGCCCCGCGCAAGGAGAUUACAGACAUUGUCGGCAAGGAAAUGCUGCUCUUCCGCUGCCACAAUGGGAGAGAGUUCGAGAGCAUACUGAGCAUGGACCUGCCGUUCGUCAUAUUCAUCCCUUACGGCCGCGGCGGCGAGGAGGUAGCGCGACGGGUGCCCCCUGCGAGCCUGCAGCUGCCGAGUCGCACGGCUGAGACGUUCUACGAGCUGGUUGUGACCGUCCAGCAAGGGCAGCAAGAGCAGAAAAAGUACCCGUUUCCCGUGCCAAUACAGCGGUAUGACACACUUUCGACGUUUGGCAUGUACAAUCGGCCAGAGAGCGCGGAACGCGUCACAGACCAUCUAGUCACCCUGGGGAUAAGCUUGCCACGGUGGAGUUAUGGUCCCAUGGAUCCCGUAUCCGUGUACAUCAAAUUGAGCCCUAAUAGAGAUUGGCUCAACAAAGCAAAGAAAGUCACCAUCCAGAAGAUCACAGUGGGCAUAGACGAGGAAAUCAUCUACAACCACGAGGGCGAUGAGCCGUCGAGAAAAGUCAAGACCCUCGCUCGAACAACACAAGCCGUGGGUGUCAAGAUGCCAGAGGCAGGAUACUUUACAAAUCUCGGACUCGUGUUUCCUGCGAAAGAUCUUCGCGACUCCGAAGGUGUUAUCCCACGGGGGAAGAAGGAAUUCCCCAUGUACGCCGUCAAUGGCUUCACAACAACAGGCACGCUGUACAAGAUCGAGUAUUACCUCACCGUCAAGGCGCAAAUGUCCUCGGCCCGCGACAUCCUCCUCCGCCAGCCCAUCGUCGUCUGCCCCUUCGACCACGCAGGCUGCAAAGAGGAAAUGGAAGCCAUCGAGCAAGCCGCCAAGGACGCCGCACACGUCGCCCCCGAAAAUCCAAUGCUGCCCGCUAGCACAAUCGUGCGCGCAAGCGAUCCCAUGGGUCUGAGCUCCUUGGGCAUCGCCAUCGUAGGCGGCGUGCGCAAACCGCUUAUCGAAUGA